GAAAGUGGCUACGCAGCGCUCCUUGACGAACGCGCUGCCGCCCGCGCUGCUGCUCCUCGGAAACGAAGUGGCGCCGCCAUUUUCUCUGGCGGACCAAAGCGGGUGUCACGGUUGCGCACGGAAGCAGCGAGCCAGCAAGCAAGCAAGGGAGCGCCUAGCGCUGCCGAUCCUGCAGAGAAGGCCUCGCAGACACACCUGAGCAGAGCCAGACUUCUCCCCAGUUCACUUGGAAGCUGAAAAUAAAAUGAGUGGCUGUCGUGUCUUCGUUGGACGUUUAAGUCCACAUGCCCGGGAGCGAGAUGUGGAGAAAUUUUUUAAAGGAUAUGGCCGUAUACGUGAAAUCAAUUUGAAAAAUGGUUUUGGUUUUGUGGAAUUUGAAGAUCACAGAGAUGCAGAUGAUGCAGUUUAUGAGCUCAAUGGUAAAGAACUGUGUAAUGAAAGAGUUACAAUUGAACAUGCCAGAGCCCGAAGAGGGGGUAGGGGCAGAUACCCUCAACGGUUCAAUUAUUACCAAUCCUAUGGAGGUGGAUCUAGCCAGUAUGGUCCACCUCUUCGUACUGAACACAGACUUAUAGUGGAAAACCUUUCUUCACGUGUUAGCUGGCAGGAUUUGAAAGACUUCAUGAGAAAGGCUGGAGAAGUGACUUUUGUAGAUGCUCACAGAAACAAUCCAAAUGAAGGGGUUGUAGAGUUUGCAUCGUCUAGUGACAUGAAGAGCGCUAUGGAUAAAUUGGAUGGUAGUGAGUUGAAUGGACGCAGAAUUAAAUUAAUUGAAGAUCGCAAAAGGCGCAGAAGCAGAUCCCGUUCACGAAGUUAUUCAAGAUCUCGCAGCAAAUCUAGAUCUGCAAGAUCUUCCAAGUCAAGCAGCAAGUCUCGAUCUCGUAGCCGUACACCCGAGAAGAGAAGCUCUCGCAGCCGUACACCUGAAAGGAAGGGCUCUGAGAAAAACCACCACGCAGGCCCACAGAAUUCCUCUCCCUCUCCUCCUCCAGCCAAGAAGAGAUCUCGCUCUAGGUCAAGUUCUGCUGAAAGCCGCAGUUAAGGUAUUUUGAGAGAUGUAUAAAUAUUUUGUUUCUAAGUCACCAUUUUCUACAAGCUUGAAAUAAGGUGCAGGUGCGUGUAGGGGGGAAUUCCAUCAGGUGACCAUAGACAUCUGCAAUGUGGAUAUAAACUCCCACCCCAUCCUUAAUGGAGUGGGGUAAAUUGUAAUUAACAAAAAAAAAAUGAAUCAAAUUAUAAUUACCCAAAUGUGCUAUGUACUGCUUUAGGAAAGUUGUUGCUGGCUAAAGCAGCACACCUACAGGGGCUUUGUCCUUGCUGUUGAAUAUAUUGGACUUAAGAUGUGGACUGUGAUACCACUUUUCAAAAUACUUUGUCUGUGCUUCUUUUUUGCACCUAGAUGACCUCCUAGUUGGCAUUCUAGCACACUUAGCUGAAUUGCACUGGCCAUUAACAUGCAAUUUAGAGAAGCGCCUGCUAACAUUCCCAGAAUACAAUUAUCCUUUCCUAGGGAUAUUUGGAUUGUGAAUAAGUGAUGUUGUUUAUUCUAAACUAGAAUUUACAUAAACAGUAGUGAGCUAGGAAGGAUAUUUAAAAUGUUACCUGGCUAACAAAAGCGGUGCAUUUUUUAAAAUCCUAGUUUAGAAUAAGCCUUGGAGAAGAAGUGUGUUUCCUGUGUCAGGUUGCAGCUGGAUAAGGUAAAAAGUUUUUCUGAACUUGGUUUCUGUUGUAAGUGACUCAAACAGGAGGGAGGUGUCCAAUAAGUAGUUUCAGAGCACAUGUAACCUGUGGUCUAAGAAGACCUCAUCUCAUGGAGGAAAUUGUUUGGAUAUUAAAAUACAUACAUGUUGCUGGAUUCGUAUUUUAAGGUCACAAAGAGAGAUUUGUCCCGUGUGGCUACCAGAGAGUAGUACUAAAUACUACAAGUGCAUGUACUAUAAGUAGUAGCAGUUUGUCAAAUUUAAGAGGGCAGGAUUAUUUUCGAACUGUCAACACAAACUUUCAGUAAAAGCUUAAUGUUAUGUGAAUUUAUUAAUGCUGAAGUGUAAAGGGCAUCUUUCUUAGGUUUACAAAACAUGCUUUUGUUUUUGUUAGUAGGCAGUUCCUUGUUAGUCCUUAACAAUAUUGUGGUCACAAAAUUAUCUGGCUUCCAAUUACCUAAAAUGAGGGAAUCUGCUUGAAAUAUUUGUAAAUUGACCCCUAAAACGUUUAAAUGUAUUGAUGUGAUAAAGUAAAUAAAAUAAAUGUUUCUCUCCUGCUUACUGCAUCUUCGGCGGUCUUUCUAUGUUCAUUAAAACUUAAGUUUGUAGACCUUUUUUCUUUGUUAGCAACGGUUUAUUUUCAAUAAAAUUGAUACCUAAUUAA